ACGGGAGUGGCCGUAGCACGUAUCUCAACUUGCUUUCACCUUGCCUCUCAUUUCGUCUGUCAUCAGUAUUCAUCGUAGCAAAGGCCGGCAAGGAACUGGUAUCUCUUUCUGAACUAAGAGCAAUGAAAGUUUCCUUGUGGCCAAUUCUUCUGAUUACGAUGGCCGCUCCAACGCUUUCUGUGCCCCUUCUACAAUUCGAAGAAUCUCAACACGUGUUGGCGCUGCCCAAAUCCAACCCCCGUGCAAGUCUACCCGCAACCAACCCAACAAGAUCUUUCUGGAUCGAUACCCCGGAUGCUAAUCCUUUAGGAAGCGAGGGCAGUACAGGUGCUCUCACUCAAGACGCGGAUGUUUGUAUCAUCGGCUCAGGAAUCACCGGCAUCUCUGCCGCUUAUCAUCUCUUGAACAACUCUAGCCUGAAUGUAGUUGUACUAGAAGCAAGGGAUUUCUGUUCGUUUCUCCGCUUUCCGUCUUCCGGUGCUUACUGUGAUUGUUAUAGGCUCUGGAGCUACAGUGCAAGUGCUAGCGGAUACGGGAAGGAGGAGGCGGUUAAAUCGCUUCAGCUAGAGAAUCAUACUGCAGAGGCUAUCGUGAAAAUUAUCCAUCAAGAGGGCCUAGCGGAUGCUGUAGAUCUUGUGCGUGGGGGGCAUACUACCCUUUUCCUGACGGAGAAGGAAAGAGAAGAGGCGUGGAGGGACUAUACUGAGGCACGCGCCGCUGGCUUAGAGCUCAACGAUGUAAAGUGGACAAGUAUGGAAGACAUGCAAACGCCGUACAAUUCGACGGGCAUAAUCCUACGGCCUCUCAAAUUUGUUACACACCUGUAUCGGAUCGCUAAGCAACGCCUUUCAGAUGGUAACUUGACGCUACAUACCCGAACACCUGUCACCUCAGUCAGUUCAGCUUCGAAUUCUACUCGACGGUGGGAAGUCAAUACGCCACGAGGAUCAAUAUCCUGCUCCUAUGUUGUUCAUGCGACAAACGGUUAUGCCAGUCAUCUCCUACCACACCUUGCCGGGCCGGAAGGUAUUGUACCGACGCGCGGUCAGAUCAUUGCCUUACGCUCCUCAGCCAAGUUGGCGCCGGGAAGCUGGGACGGGAAUGAGGGUUUCGAAUAUUGGUUCCCCCGGCCUAGAGGGGAGGGAUUAGUCAUAUUGGGCGGUGGUAGAGAAGCGUCAGGCCCAAGUUUCGAAUAUUAUGAAACUGAUGAUGGGAGUGUCAAUGCGGAUGUAGGAAGAGCACUGAGAGGGUUUCUAGGAGGAGUGUUUGAAGGAGAUAACGAAGAACCGGAAAUGGAAUGGACUGGGAUUAUGGGAUUUACGAAGAUGGGAGAUCCUUUUGUUGGGCCCGUUAUUGAUUCAUCCAAUCCUAAAGGAUAUGAAGGGCAGUAUAUAUCUGCAGGCUAUACGGGGCAUGGAAUGCCGCGAGCAUAUGCAUGCGCGGAAGCCAUUUCCACUAUGAUUUUGACAGACAUGUCAAAGAAAGAGUGGACAAGGCCUGAAUGGUUGCCAAAGAGAUAUUUGACCAGCUCCAGGGUAUAGACAAGUACGAGUUUUAGAUAAUAUAGAAUUCGGCACAAAGACCAGGCCAAGGAAGGACGGGUGUAACUAACUCCAAACUACCUGCACCCAAUACGUGGUACGGGAAUAAAUUAGAGCAGUAAGUCAUAACUUAUAAUUGAGGCCGAUGAAUCGCUACUUGUCUAUAACUGGUACCUUGAAGAGCAUGGCCAGGGCCCAAGGCCAGAAAUGUUGCUAUAUAUAUAUUUAACCUGGUC